AUGGGCGCCGAGCUGCGUCACCUGGGAGACUUCCAGCGCGGCGUGCACACACCUGAGGAGCUGUGGCGCGUUUUCAAAGAAAAUGGAUACAGAGCACUGUUCGAUCAUAUACUUGGCAAGAAUCAGUCCGAGAUUGUCAAACAGACAAACGAAAACAAGAGGCUUUUAGAGAUCCAGGUGGCGAAGCUCUCUGCGUUUAAGACACUAGACAUAGUCAAAAAGAGACUAAGUGAUGGAUGUACAGCACAGGAGGUUGAGCUAGACCAGUGGAGAGAGAUACUUCCUGAAUCUGUGAUUGACAGUAUAGUGCAGCAGCUGACAACAGCCGGUGACGAUACCACGUAUCGCCGUGCACUUGGUGCGGCGAUGUUGUACGGCGCAGUAGUAACAGGUGAUGCAGAAUGUGUACCACUGCUGAUCCAGGCUGGGGUUGACCUCAAUGUACAGGUCAGUAGUGGUGUGACAGCUACACAUGUGGCAGCAGCUGCUGGAAAUGUCGACUGCUUAGAGUCGCUACUCUCUGCUGGUGCUGACUUCAAUGUGAAAGACAAGUCAGGUCGGACUCCCCUGCACUGCGCAGCAGAGAUGCGCAGGGCUCAGUGUGUGAAGGUACUGCUGCGGGUCGGCGCAGACGCGCUUGCGCAGGACUCGGAACGGAAGAGUCCGCUGCAUGCUGCAGCCAAUGCAAGGGCUGCGGAAUGCGUCAGGCUACUGGCCAAUUCAGCCAAAAACCUGGAGGUUAGAGACCUGAAAGGCGCCACAGCACUGCACUACGCUGCAGGGAAUGGCGAUGUUGAAAGUGUGGAGCACUUGUUACGUGCAGGGGCUCACAGCAGCCCACUGAGUGACACCGUGGGCACACCUCUGCACGGGGCAGUAUUGAGAGGCAACCUCGACUGCGUGAGGCGGCUGCUGCAGGCGGGGGCCAAUCUGACCGCGGGAACUGCUGGUGGUUUAACUGCGCUCCACUUGGCCGCGCGGGGAGGCAACCCAGACAGUGUGAGGCACCUCCUGAAAUCUGGUGCGAAUAUCCGGGAGAAGGAUGAUUUCGGUUUGACUCCGCUUGCCAUUGCAGCAGCAUUCCGCAGACCUACUUGCGUGAGGGUACUGGUGGAAGAAGGAGCUGACGUAGAUGAGAGGGACAGCAAUGGUUGCACACCACUACACUAUGCAGCAUCCAGGGGCGAGACUGAGAUUGUGAAGCUACUGCUGGACGCUGGUGCAGAUGCACUUGCCCAGGACUCGCUAAGUAGGACACCACUGCAUGUAGCAUCGGGCAAGGGGAAUGCAGAAUGUGUCAGGCUACUGGUGAAGAAAGGAGCUGAUGUCGACAAGAGGGACAGCAACGGCGUAACACCACUACACUAUGCAGCAUCCAGUGGCGAGACUGAGAUUGUGAAGCUACUGCUGGACGCUGGUGCAGAUGCACUUGCCCAGGACUCGCUAAGUAGGACACCACUGCAUGUAGCAUCACACAAGGGGAAUGCAGAAUGUGUCAGACUACUGGUGAAGAAAGGAGCUGAUGUCGACAAGAGGGACAGCAACGGUGGAACACCACUACACUAUGCAGCAUCCAGUGGCAAGACUGAGAUUGUGGAGCUACUGUUGGACGCUGGUGCAGAUGCACUUGCCCAGGACUCGCUACGUAAGACACCACUGCAUGUAGCAUCAGGCGAGGGGAAUGCAGAAUGUGUCAGGCUACUGGUGAAGAAAGGAGCUGAUGUCGACAAGAGGGACAGCAACGGCGUAACACCACUACACUAUGCAGCAUCCAGUGGCGAGACUGAGAUUGUGAAGCUACUGCUGGACGCUGGUGCAGAUGCACUUGCCCAGGACUCGCUAAGUAGGACACCACUGCAUGUAGCAUCGGGCAAGGGGAAUGCAGAAUGUGUCAGGCUACUGGUGAAGAAAGGAGCUGAUGUCGACAAGAGGGACAGCAACGGCGUAACACCACUACACUAUGCAGCAUCCAGUGGCGAGACUGAGAUUGUGAAGCUACUGCUGGACGCUGGUGCAGAUGCACUUGCCCAGGACUCGCUAAGUAGGACACCACUGCAUGUAGCAUCACACAAGGGGAAUGCAGAAUGUGUCAGACUACUGGUGAAGAAAGGAGCUGAUGUCGACAAGAGGGACAGCAACGGUGGAACACCACUACACUAUGCAGCAUCCAGUGGCAAGACUGAGAUUGUGGAGCUACUGUUGGACGCUGGUGCAGAUGCACUUGCCCAGGACUCGCUACGUAAGACACCACUGCAUGUAGCAUCAGGCGAGGGGAAUGCAGAAUGUGUCAGGCUACUGGUGAAGAAAGGAGCUGAUGUCGACAAGAGGGACAGCAACGGUGGAACACCACUACACUAUGCAGCAUCCAGUGGCAAGACUGAGAUUGUGGAGCUACUGUUGGACGCUGGUGCAGAUGCACUUGCCCAGGACUCGCUAAGUAGGACACCACUGCAUGUAGCAUCAGGCAAGGGGAAUGCAGAAUGUGUCAGGCUCCUGGUGAAGAAAGGAGCUGAUGUCGACAAGAGGGACAGCAACGGUGGAACACCACUACUCCAUGCAGCAUUCAGGGGCGAGACUGAGAUUGUGAAGCUACUGCUAGAAGCUGGUGCCGACCCGCUUGCGGGGGACUCACAUAGGUGCACACCACUGCACUACGCAGCCUUCAGGAGGAAUAAAGUGUGUGUCAUAAUGUUGCUGUAUGCAGCCUGGGUCAGACACAGAGCAAGCAAAUGA